CUAUAUAAGAUCUGGUCCCGAAAGCCGAGAGCAUCAGUUGAAGUCAAUCAAUUGCCCAGUGCAUUUAGCAUCAAAAACCGGAACCACAAAUCCAGAAUCAAUAUGAAAUUCUUCUCAGUCGUCACCGUCUUUGUGCUCGGUCUGCUGGCCCUGGCCAACGCUGUUCCCCUGUCGCCCGAUCCAGGAAAUGUGGUCAUCAACGGCGACUGCAAAUACUGCAAUGUCCACGGUGGCAAGUAGGAAAGUUUUUGCCUAAGGACCAACAAAAGGCCAUAACUUACCUCAAUAUUUAUAAUACCACUUUGUACCAAAAUUAAACCUAUAAUUUAGAACAACAAUGACUUAAAUAAAAAACACACCAAAAAAUGUA